GUUUAGUGUUAUAUACUGCCGUAUAAAGAACCCCUUAGCAGAGAUGAGAGAUCAAAACCAAAUAAAUUAAAAAGUAAAUUUAUUGAAAUAUGAUGAAUCCAAGUUUAAAUCUGAUGGAUCUGGAGGAGCUAACAUCGAAUGCAAAGCAGAUACAAGAAGACGUAUUGGAAGAGAUACUCACACUUAAUGCCAACACUGAAUAUCUUCACCGCUUCCUCCACGGGAGCUCUGAUAAAGUGCUUUUCAAAAAGAACGUACCGGUGGUUACCUAUGAUGAUGUUAAGCCUUAUAUCGAACGUGUUGCGAAUGGAGAGCCCUCGGAUGUGAUUUCUGGUGGACCUAUCACUAUGUUCCUCCGUAGCACCGGAACUUCAGGAGGGAAACAAAAGGUAUUUCCAGUGAACGAUAAGUACAUUGAAAAGUUGGGAUACGUUAUUGCUCUACGAUCUCUCGCUAUGUCCAAGCAUUUUGAUAGCGGUGGCGAGCAAGGAAAAGCGAUGGAGUUUCAUUGCACUAAACCGCCAUCGGCAACACCCUCUGGUUUACCGGUCUUUGCUGUAUUUUCUUCUUCAUGAGCGAUUACUUCAAAAACCGACCAUCAAAAUGUAAUUCUGAGUACACAAGCCCUGACCAAAUUAUAUUGUGCCCAGACCAUAAUCAGAGUUUGUAUUGUCAUCUUUUAUGCGGGCUUGUCCAGCGAGAUGAGGUUGUGAGAGUAGGUGCAGCCUUUGCUUUUGUCUUGGUUCGAGCCAUCGAUUUUCUUGAGAAACACUGGAAGGAAUUGUGUAGCAAUAUCCGAUCAGGUCAUGUUAGUGAGUGGAUCACUGACCUUGAGGGCAGAAACGCUGUCUCCACCAUUCUUCGAGGACCUGAUUCAAUAUUGGCUGAUGUUAUUGAACAAGAAUGCAGCCACAAGUCCUGGGAAGGUAUUAUUACACGACUUUGGCCCAAAGCCAAAUAUAUUGAUUGUAUUAUAACAGGACAAAUGUCUCAAUACAUUCCAAUGUUGGAGUUUUAUUCCAACAAGCUGCCUAUAGUUUCCACAACAUAUGGGUCUUCUGAAAGUACAUUUGGGAUGAAUGUGGAUCCUCUAUGCAAACCACAAGAUACCUCCUACACAUGUGCGCCGAACAUCUCCUACUUCGAGUUUCUACCUGUUGAUCACAAGGGAGACAUGGCAAGCAUUGUUGAUCUUGUCGACGUCAAGUUAGGGUGCUACUAUGAACCGGUGGUCACUAAUUAUUUUGGUCUACACAGAUAUCUUAUUGGAGAUAUUCUACAGGUUACUGGAUUUUACAAUAACACACCUCAAUUUAGAUUUGUACAUAGAAAGAAUGUGGUUUUAAGCGUGAGAUCGGAGACAACAACUGAAGAAGACAUUUUAAAGGCGUUGAAUCAUGUGGGACUGGUUCUUGAAUCUUCAGAUUUAAUGUUGAUGGGCUUCACAUGCUAUGCAGAUAUCUCCACAUUUCCAGGUCACUACGUUUUUUACUGGGAACUCAAAGCUAAAGACGUUCAAGAUGUUUUCGAGCUUGAGGAGAAAGUAAUGGUGAAAUGUUGCUCUUUAUUAGAGGAGUCAUUUGAUGAAGUAUAUAGAAAAAAUAGGAGUAAAGAUGAGUGUAUCGGACCUCUAGAGAUAAGAGUUGUGCAACAAGGAACAUUCGAUUCCCUCAUGGAAUAUUUCAUCUCCCAAGGAGGUUCGAUUGCUCAAUACAAGACACCCAUAUGUAUCAACUCUUCUGAAGCCUUAGCAGUUCUUGAAAACAAGGUUCUUGCUCGAUUCUUUAGCGAAAAAUCUCCUCCUCUUGACUCAUAGUGCUUUGUAUUCUAUAUGCUUGAAUAAAGAAAAGGUCGUGGAAAAACUAUGAACAAAGCACUUGAGAUGUUUGUAUGCCUAUUGGUGAUGGUUGCAUGUUAUAAUAACGGAAAUGUAUGUAAGUAAUGUUAUUUGGAAACAUAGGAGAAAC